UUUUUGGUUGGAGAAAGUCUUGACAUUUCCAUCAGAAAAUGUUGUAUAUCAUUUCAUAAAAAAUAAAAUAAAAACACCACCUCUCUCAAAAAUAUUGAACAUGCCUUAUGGUCGCAAUGAUCAACACAUUGACUAUAUCGAAGUGAGGGGUGCUCACAGGCGGGACAAAUAUUCGCGAAUUGGUCUAAUGGUCACGAUCAUACCAGGUAUUUUAUUGGGUGGUUAUAUUGGCAAGAAACUGGCUCAUUUCCUUGAAAUCUGCAAUUUGUUCACGCCCGAUAUUGUGGAUGACGACUAAAGCCAAUGUGGCACAGUAAAAACUGAUGUGGCAUGAUAAAGUUUUAGAAUUGGGAGCAAGCCUGUUCCACAUCCUGUUCUUAUAUAUGCUAAUGUGUCACACCAAACAUGCCAACGGGAUGCUGCGAAAUAUUUGUUCCCCAAUAUACCAACUAGAGUAAAGCCAAAGACACGCGAACAUGUAUAUAUUUAAACAUCCAAAAUCUUAAGUUGUGAAUAACUUCGUAAUAAAUUUUAUAAAUUUAGUUUA